CGCCUCCCCGCCUCCCCCCUCCCGCCCGCGGCUGCACCCCCCUCCCCCCCCUCCGGCCGCGGUCCCGCUGCCGUCCCGCGAGGGUGCAGAGCUGGGGCCGCGGAGCCCGGAGGACCGCGGAGGGAAUGAGCCGGCUCCGCCUCCCCGGGGCGCGCGGGCCAGGCUGCUGAGAAGCCCCGGCGGCGCCCGGAGGAACCGAGCCCUCCCGCCAGGGGUUGAGGAGACUGAAGAAGGCUGAUGGGCUGAUGGGCUCAGCUGGUAGGUUCCACUGUCUCACCAUGACCACCGAAAAUCCGACGCCGGGAGACCUGGCUCCGUCCCCCCUCGUCACUUGCAAACUCUGCCUGUGUGAACGGUCCCUGGACAAGAUGACCACACUCCAGGAAUGCCACUGCCUCUUCUGCACAGAUUGCUUGAAGCAGUACCUGCAGCUGGCAAUCCGAGAGGGAUGCGGGUCUCCCAUCUCUUGCCCCGACACGGUGUGCCUCGGCCGCGGGAUCCUGCAGGAAGCGGAGAUUGCCUGCUUGGUACCUGUGGACCAGUUUCAGCUUUAUCAACGGUUAAAAUUUGAACGAGAAGUUCACCUGGACCCCCACCGAACAUGGUGUCCUGUCGCAGACUGUCAGACAGUGUGCCCUGUUGCAUCAAGUGACCCGGGACAGCCCGUACUGGUGGAGUGUCCUUCUUGUCACCUGAAAUUCUGCUCCUGUUGCAAGGAUGCUUGGCACGCAGAAGUCUCCUGUAGAGAUAGUCAGCCUGUUGUCCUGCCGACAGAGCACGGGGCCCUCUUUGGGACAGACACAGAAGCCCCCAUUAAGCAAUGCCCUGUUUGUCGGGUUUAUAUCGAACGCAACGAAGGCUGUGCUCAGAUGAUGUGCAAGAAUUGCAAGCACACGUUUUGCUGGUACUGUCUCCAGAACCUGGAUAAUGACAUUUUCCUCAGGCAUUAUGACAAAGGGCCGUGUAGGAAUAAGCUUGGCCACUCGAGAGCCUCAGUGAUGUGGAACCGAACACAGGUGGUGGGGAUUCUGGUGGGAUUGGGCAUCAUCGCCUUGGUGACUUCACCCCUGCUGCUCCUGGCCUCCCCCUGCAUCAUCUGUUGUGUCUGCAAGUCCUGUCGGGGCAAGAAGAAAAAGCACAACCCAUCCACAACCUAGAGGUCUCUGCUCACGUCCACGUGCCACAGAUGUCUGGGGUUCUAAUGAGAAGCACAGUGAGAAAGCCCCACUUAGCGCACCUGCCUCCUCCUUGCCAACCUUCGAAAGUGCCUGUGUCCAGACUUUGAACUUGCCUUUGGCACCAAGGCCCAGCCCUGGUGCACGUGUUCCCGUGUGAAGAGAACCGGGCUGUGCGGUGUAGGCUGUGUCUGUGGAGCACGUCGGGAAGCUUUGGGGUUGCUGAGAAGGAAUGGGUUGCUAACCCAUCAUCAUUUUCCCCCCCCCCCCCCCCCCCCCGGAGGAUCCCACCGGACUGUUCAACUGCUGGCCAGAUUCAAGGAGCCCGAGUGAACCUGUAGUGUAAUAAAUGUGUUGUCGCGGUUGGCCACACACAUCACAACUGAGCACCAGCGUCCAUUCUGUGUCAAUUUGACCACCAAGAGAUACUCGGGAGAGACCCCCCUGGGGGAGGGAAAGAAUAACACUGGUUAAGAGGAGAUUGUGGUAAGAGCUGCAAAGCAGGCUGCUUAGCUCAGGAGUGGGUACUUGGCUUCGGCCUCGGCCAGCCACCGGGUGUGCUGUUGCCGGCAUUCCCACGGUGACUUGGCAGAAACACAAUGGGUUUCUCCUUGUGUGAUCUCAGCUUCCAGCACAAAACUGCUGUGCAGAGGGAGGUGUCUUUUCCCAGUGCGAGGGCUACAGCCUGUAAAACAAUGUGGUCUGACGGAGCGGCUCUCCCUGGGCAAGUGCAGCUUGGUGAAGGUGAUAGACUCUCCUCCAGCCAGUAGCUGUGGUCUGCAGGAUUGUCUGAUGUGAAAUACGGGUCAGGGGGCAGAGGUUCAAAUCCUUCACCGUAGAUAACAGAGACCUUUCCUGAGCCCUGCGUUCUUGCACCCAGCACAUUUAGGACUGGACCUGAAAGUCCAUAGCAAGAGUGACUAUCAAAGUCCCAUGUGUACAUCUAGAAAUCCAUAUAAUUUGCCACCUACCAAGACCCUCCGUCCAGUGGGCACGUGCGAGUAUUUCCCAUGGUACACACAAAACAAAUGUUUCCUCAAAGCCAUUUUGUCUUUCCUUCUGGGACUAAUACACUUUAUUAGAAAUCAACCUAAUGAUUUUUUUUUUUUGCAUAUUACAUAUGUAAAUUUUGGUUGCAAGUUCCUAACUUAACAAAAGGUAUAGACUCGUAAACCCAACUCUUUUAAAACAACCCUAGCACGGUGUCAUGUCACGUCAGUGUGUAAAAACACUGAUAAUCAAGCUCGUUACCUAUUUUCAAACGCAGUGCAAGCAGCUCUCAACAAAGUUUAAUAUUGCUCUUGGAAGCCUCUGUUAGGGCGAGCCAGAUACUUCCUGUGUGUACAAGGCACUGAUCAAACAACAAAAAAAUGUAAGAAAGAAACUGUAACUGCUUUACGUAUCAUAAAUAGUUUAGGUUGGUAUAGCCCUGUUGCGACUUAGUUUUCCCGUCAUCCGUUAGUGAGAUUUUUGAAUACACGGGUUUUGAAAAGACAGUAACUUUUUCUCCAAUGACAGGAUGUCAUAAUUGCCAUUAGCAACGUAGUCUGGUGCUUCAUGGGAACAUGUAAAGUGCUCCUAGAGAGCUGUCCUUGAAAUGAGGGACAGUGUGUUGGGACUGUCUGGACCUAUGAUGUUUUCCCGAGGUAACUGGGUAACUAGGUUGUUAAAUUGCUGCUAUCCUGGACCUAUUCUUAAGGAACGAUGCUUUGCCUGUGUAAUGGAAUGUGUCCUAAGUGGGGAUGUGUAUAUUUAAGGAACUUUGGUUCCCACAUACAUGUUGAUACCUGAUCUACGUAUAGGCCAUCCCUACGUCGUGUACACUUUUAUUUACCAUUUGUACAGAACAUAGAUGUGGACUCUCGGAAAACUUUCGAAUGGCAACCAACCCAAAGCAUUUUUAAUCAUUUUUAUUUGGAAACUUCUCAAUGUUAAGCGUCUUUCUUUUCCUUUGAAACUCUGAACAUGUCAGAACAAGAACACUCUCUUCGAUCAAUGUAUUCCCUAUUAGUAUAAAUAGAAGUGUACAUAUAUUUGAGUGAUUUGCUUUGUCUUAACACUGCCUCAUUGUAGCACAGGGCAUUUAUAACUGCUCAGGGGAUCACGGGAACUCAGCUGAAAAUGAAUUUUUGUAUCAAGAGUGUCAGGAGUGGCAGUUUACCCUGGCAUGAGCGAACUCUGGAAGCUUCUAUUCCGCAAAGAAUCUCUAAAACAGGGGCUGAUUUCAAGUAACCUAAAAUCCUGUGUUAUCAGAGGCGGAACUCCUGAAUUUGGAGUUAAAGGUAGGAGAGAACAUCCACACUGUCUCCUUGGCAAAAUUGAAGGAACUUGUUUUCUCACAGAGAUACUGUAACAGAAGCAGCUCCUUUUUUUUUUUUUUUUUUUUUUUAAAUACAAGAUAGGGUGUGGGGGGUUGCUUUUUUGAAACAGAUUUCAAACAACUGGAUUUAAGUUUUUAAAUGUUGAAAAGUGCCUGGAAAGUAGUGACUUCUUCCUUAAAUAGCUACACGAAUAGGCCUGUUAAGACUGUCAGAAUCAACAGGAAUAGGUUGGUAGGUUAAACCCAGAUACAUCGCCGGUGCCUCAAAGGGUGAGUAGCAAGCCAGUCUAGAAACCUUGUUUACAAAGGAGGGAACUGACAACUUAGAUAAAGAGACUGAUGUUUUUGUUUGGCAUACUGGCCAGUGAGACCGUUUAACCUGUCUCCUUCCUCUGUCCAUCAGCUCUGUCUUCCAGGGAUUCUCUUUCCGGACUAGGAAGAGAUAUGGGUCUAUGUGACACUGUUUGGAUGUUGUGGCAAAAACUCUUGUGUUUGGAGUAGUGUAGUUUUUUUGAAACAGGAUCAAAACUCCUUCACCCAGUUGUAAUCUGGAUGUAAUAACCCCCCACCCGGAAACACUAGCAGGUGUAAGGGGACGACAACUAGCUGUUGCCCCUUCUGGGAAGUUUCUUCUUCUUAUCCGGUAGGGAGGUGAGGGGGAAGGCCACAGGGAAGCAAAUUUUAGAAUCAUAGGCAUUCUGUUUGUUCACACGAUGGGUGUUAGCUCUGGACUUGAAAUCUCUAUUUAGAUAAAGAGGCCUUUGAAAAACAAAUAAUUCACAGUGUGAAUUUUCUUGUAGCCUGCAUCAUGAAAAUUUUACCUAUCCAGAUUUGCAAAACGUACAUGUUUAUUUGAAUGUAAAUCACUGUUUCUUGAAACCCCAAAUUGUCUCUUAAAACUUACUCAAAAUCCAAAUGCGUCUUAUUUUACCCUUCUCUGCACAGUGCUUGACUUUUGUGUUCAUGAAUGGAUGCCUUUAUGUAUAUAGACCCAUGUAUAUAUGUGCAGCUCUGAAGAUAAUUUCAUAAUGCCUUAGAUGAAUGACAUUUUAUAAAGCUGUCAAGUUGAUAUCUAUAGACUAUUACAUCUCAUGUUGAUUCACGAUCCAGAAAGUUUUGUUAUGUAUUUAAGAAAUUGCUGUUGUAUUAUAUUUUUCCGAUUAUUUGAGAGGAAAAUAGCUGUUUCAGUCUCUGUUGCCCCAAUAAACGUGGAGCAAGAAAGCAAGUGGUUAACCUUUGUUGUGCUGCACGUUUCUAGACACGUUUGAUUUUAUCCUCCAGGAGCCACCAAGCACUAUUAAAUCCUAGGUUCUGAAUUUACAAAAAGCACCCAAAUCUGUUAUACCAUUCAUGGAAAUAAUUCUUGCUACCCUGUUUCUUAAAAGAAAUGAGAAGUAUAAUGCCUUCACUCGUUGCAGACAUUUUUGUUGUAUGUGCGAUAUCCCACACGGUCACUGCAUGGGCAUUGGUAAUUAUCCAGAGAAACAACCAAUAAUUUAGGGCUUUGAUCAUUCUAAUGAAUGCUGCCAGGGAUCAAAGUUCUAUAAAAUGAGGGUUGGACUGCCUGCUCUCUGUGGUCCGCUCUCACCUUUCACAAGUCUGUUGGAGGAAUGUAUUUCCUCGUGAUGAAUUUUAAAGGAUUUACAUUAGUGUUAAGGUCAUUUCCAUUUGAUUAGUAUUCAAGGCAGGACUCACCAAAGGUUGAGUGCUGAAAGUUGGUUAACAACUAGAACUUGUGUUUAUGCAAAACUGAAAGCUCACAUUCCUGUCUCCUGGGGUUGAUGCCUUUCUGUUGAACAUUGGUUCAAUGGUUGUGAUUGGAUACCUGAGUAUAAAGACUUAGGACUGACUUACAAUUCAAAUUUCACUUUGUAAUCAUUCACUUUUGAGGAAAUCAGUAAGAUCAUAUUAAAAGAUUUUUGGGUUAUGGUUUCUUCGUUUCCUUAAUCAUUUCCUAAAAUGUCAACAUUACUUCAUUUUUAAAGUGUCAUUGUUUGCUAAACUUGAAUUUGUAUCCCCAAAGAAUUAUUGAAUGAACCACUUUAUACAGUGGUGAUUUUAAUCAGUGCCCAACCAGCAAACUCAUUGCCAUGUAAAUUAUAAGCCUAGUGAAUCUGAAGGAGAAUUACAAUUAGGUUUUUCUGUAAUUCAAUUAUUUUCAUUUGUAAGAUAAUAAAUUUAUUUUUUUAGACCCCAAAGAUGGUAUCCAACUCUAUGAGCAAGAAAUGAAUUUCUUCAAAUAAUUCAAUAGCAAUUAUAAUACGAUAUAGAUAGAUAGAUACAUUUUUUACAUGUUCCUUAAAGGACUUUUGAAAACAAUCCUAUGAGAUAAAUGGAGUAGAUAUUAGAUCCAUUUCAUCAAGGAAGCAGUGGUUUUAUGUUCAUGUCUGGUCAAGGGCCACACUACUGAUGAGCGGCAGCCAGAAAAUGAACAUAAGACUCCCUUGAGAUACUUCUGUGCUUUCAUUAGUUGGAAAUUCUGAGCCUGCCUUCACUCCUGGAUCUGUGAGUACCAAGAGAAUGAACUCCACCCUCAAUUACCUGCCUCUGGAGGUAUAUGUAAGAGAAUUAUUUAUUAGUUCAAGUAAUCACUUAGAGCCUGUGUUUUGGUGUGUCUGACAGCCUGCCUGGGGCAGGUGGCCACCCCUGAGACCAACCCCAGUCACUCCCUGGGGUUUGCGUAUCUUGCUAACGUUGGGACUAGAAUCACAGGUGGGUCUGUGUACUUACCUCAGAUGCCAAAAUGUUUGGCUCUUCUCCACAAUAGAAAGUAUGGUCUCACGGUUUCCUUUAAUAUUUACAAUCAACACCCAACAUGGUUGUUAUUUCAAAUCCAAAUUUUUUCCUUUUAACAUUACCAGCUUAGGGGCAUCUGGGUGGCUCAAUUGGUUAAGCAUCUGACUCUUGAUUUCAACUCAGGUUAUGAUCUCAUGGUUCUUGAGAUCAAGCCCCGCAUCUGGCUCUUGCUGGCAGCAUGGAGCCUCCUUGGGAUUCUCUCUCUCCCUCUCUCUCUCUGCCCCUCCGCUGCUCUCUCUCUCUCUUUUUCAAAAUAAAUUAACUUUGACAGCUUGUGCUAUAAUGUGUAUUUGUGACUUAUCAUUAAAUCUGUCAAUUGGCAGUUUUAAAAAUGAGAAAUGGGGCUCUAAAUGAUGAACUUAUUGACUGAAUUUCUGAUGUGUCUAAAGUUGUGCUUUGAAUUCCAUUUUCUGUCUUUAUGUUUUUGAAUUUUAUCAGUACAAUUUUAUCAGCUUUCCUUUUUUUUUUCUUCUUUCUUCCUUUCUUUCUUUCUUUCUUUCUUUCUUUCUUUUUUUUUUUGUAUAUUGGAAGUAGAAUUCAGGCUUCAGGUGAGAAAGGAAUUAAGUCUAACGUUCGCCAUUUGUAGUUCCCUAAUGAUCUGGUGUGAUUGGAGGGGCAGAUUUUCUUCUUGGAGACUACUGAUUAUUGAUCAGUCUGGACUUAUUUUUUUGAGGCCAGCCCGUUUGUUUAACUAAAAGCAAACAAGUCCAGAAAUCCACACACUGCCCUGCAUGUUGUGUGUCCCGAGUUCCAGCCUGGCCCUGGGACUUUGGUUACCACAAGGGCACGUGAAUGGAGAGUUAGGAGAGGGUUGGCAAAUCUGAUGUCACCCUGGGCACAGAACAAGCAGGUGGUGUCCUCUCUUCUCCCUGCCCUCUACCGGUCCAGACGGUGUGGGCUUAGGGGACAGACACCCAGCUUGCAAGAAGAUGACUGCAGUUCUAGGUGUCCCUUUGCUCUGGAUCAGUGGUGUGGUCCGGGGCCAACCAUUUAUCUACAACGUCAUGUCAUGUCAUGGCUCAGGCAUAGAGGGUCGGAUGAGAUCAUGAAUGUCAGAGGGACAUUGUUUUUUAGGAGGUGAGUGGAGGGGAGCCAUUGCACUGUGUGUGUUAUGGCUGUGAGUGUGGGUGACGAGUUUGCGACCAGACACUGUUCCCAAAGGAGAAGACGGGGGCUAAUUCAUUUCAAGCUUGUGAGUACGUGUUGAGGGAGGAAUGGCCUCCUCAGAAAAAAGGUGGUCUUUCUAGAUUAAAAAAAUUCCUUUAUGUUGGGGCGCCUGGGUGGCUCAGUCGGUUGAGUGUCCAACUCUUCGGCUCAGGUCAUGAUCUCAUGGUUCAUGAGAUCGAGCCCCACAUUGGGCUCUGUGCUGACAGCACAGAGCCUGCUUGGGAUUUUCUCUCUCCUCUCUCUCUGCCCCUCCCCCGCACUCUCUCAAAAUAAAUAAACAAAAAAUGUUAAAAAAAAUUCCUUUAUGUUGCUUUUUCACAAAUAUUUCACAAACAUUUAUCUAUUUGUAUGCUCAAUUAAAAUGGAGGCUAUGUGAAGAGAGGCAGAAUUCAUAUCAACACAAUAAUUUUUGGCCGAGGGGGGGUUACUGUAAAAACUCACAUUUACACAAUGCCAUACGGUAUGUAAAGUAUUUUAUUUAUUUUUUUAAGUUUGUUUAUUUUUGAGACAGAGUGGGCAGAGGAGGGGCAGAGAGAGAUGAAGAGAGAGAAUCCCAAGCAGGCUCUGCACUGUCAGCACAGAGCCUGAUGCAGGGCUCGAACUCACAAGUCAGGAGAUCAUGACAUGAGCUGAAACCAAGAGUCAGACACUUAACCGACUGACCCCCAGGUGCCCCUGCAAAGUACUUUCAAACACAUUUUCUUCUGCUCUUUAUACUACUCUGGCAAGUACAUAUUACUUUGGCCCUCCCCUAGUUGACAGAUUGGAGGUGAGAUUCAGAGGCUAGAUGAUAUAGCACAAGGUCAUAGGUACAAUGGGUUAGUGGCAAAGUUAGAAACAUCUUUCAUGAGCCAGCCCAGAACCUCUUAGCCUUAUUUUAAUUUUUUUUAAGUGUCUUGAAAGAACACAAUAAUUAACCUCAGCUUCUGUACACCGGAAGUUUGUCAUCAUGUGGCCGGGCUCUCUGCUCAGCAACUGGCUGGACUAAAGAUCAAGGUAUUGGCUGUGUAUGUCGUCAUUUGGGGCCCGGAGUUCUUUCCCAAGCUCACUGAUGGUUGGCAGAACUCAGUUCUUUCUCAUGUCUUCCUCGUGGUCCCUUGUACCUUCAAGCCAUGUUGAGUGGUCAGAAGUUCAGAAAUAGCAGAAGAAAACCAGUGAGCCGCCAAAAUAGUAACUACUAAAAGUUUAUUGAGUGCACACCAAAAAGUUUGCAAACCGGGGCACUUGCUGAAACCAAAGCACGGAAUGAGGCUAUACUGUUGUAAAGCAGCUUUUGGGUGAGAGAGCAGUUACGAAUCUUCACAGAGAUUGUUCUCAUCUUAGAAUUUCUUUAAAUCAAAAUGAAUUGGUCAGUGGUUGCCUCAUACCAACCUCGGGAGGUAGUUCAAGUUUGCAUGUAAUUUUCAGAGGUAUAGGCAAGAAAUGACUCAGGUCAAGUUAGUCUUGCAAAAUAAGCUAAAUUAAGCUUUGUCUGAAUGACUAAACUGGUUUUAAACUGCAAUUCAGGGAACUUUCAAGACUGGUCUCUCUUUUUUUAUUUUAUCAAUUCCCCCUAUUGGUCAUUCUCUCAGCGCAGUGUUAGUCCCUGUUAGCACUGUUGAUGUGGUCAGGCUAAAGAAUCACAUAUUCGAUGUUUUCAUCCAGUUGAGUUGUCAGGCCGAGGGACCACAUAGUCAACAUCAUCAUUUUUGUCCUUAUUGUUGAUUUCAUCCAGUUGUCUGAUCCGGACAGAUCCAGUUGGCACGUGAGUGGCUGUUGACGGAUGUUUAAAGCUCUAGAGGGGCACCUAGGUGGCUCAGUUGGUAAAGCAUCGACUUCGGCUCAGGUCAUGAUCUCACGGUUCGUGAGUUCAAGCCCCACAUCGGGCUCUGUGCUGUCGGCUGGGAGCCUGGAGCCUGCUUCGGAUUCUGUGUCUCCCUCUCUCUCUGCCCUUCCCCUGCUCACACUCUGUCUGUCUCUCUCAAAAAUAAAUAAAAAAAAUUAAUUAAAAAAAAAUUUAAAGCUCUAGAGAAUACAUACCACACUGGAAAGGUUGAUAUGAUGUCUACAAAAAGAAUAAUAGUCAAGGAUUGAAAAAUUCUCCAGAGCAGAGAUUCCCAGGAGCCAAGAUUUAGCCAAUUAAAUAACUCAAAUGGUUUAUAAUUUUUCAACUUACUUACAUAGGCACAACACGAUAUAUUAGCAAUCAAAUAGCCUCAUGAUUACUUAGGACAGGAUAAACAUGAGGAUGUUUUAUUUCAGGAGGUGGUAUUGUUGGUAGCCCCCCUCCCCCCAGGCUCCUAGAUGUGAGCAAUCAGGUAAUUUAAGGAGAGACAUUUCUAUGGGAAUAAAAGGUAAACAAAGGUUAAUGGUUAAAGCAAAUUAUAAAACUGAUUUCUGAGUUUGGAGAGCGACCCAUUGAGAAGAUUUCUGGAUAUUGGAUUCUAAGUAUCUUCAGAUGGAGUGAGGGCGGGCAGUGGUGGUCUGUCAGAUUUUCAGGUUUGCAAGGUGAAUGUUUCUGAUCAUUUUUCUGAGUGGCCACAUUGCAACAGGCAUGAAGUCCGCCCAUAAGCUGUUGUGGUGAUUUUCUCUGAAGUUUAUAUCAAAUAGUCCAGCUUUAGCUUCUCUGGUUUCAGGGAAAGGGCAAUUUUAAUUCCAUAGUAUUUCCAAGUCAAAAGAGUGGGAGAAAAUUGGAUAUGUUAACUUUUGGAGAGUUCUAGCUAAAUGUUGAGGGCAAGUGGGGGAAUUCAGAAUUCAGCCCUGUUUACAGGUAAGAAAACCUCAAAGACAAUGAGCAACUUCGAAUCUGAUAUCCAUAAAGGUGUAUUACUGAAACAUAAUUUUCCUCUUUGUACUCAUCCUUCUUUUCAUCAAAGAUAACCACAGUAAGUCUUCUUUGUCUGCAAAUUAAGUCUAGUUUCAGUAAACUUGUCCUGAUUAUUAUUAUUUUUAAAAAUUUUUUUAAAGGUUUAUUCAUUUUUCAGAGACAGAGACAAAGCGUGAGAUGGGGAGAGGCAGAGAGAGAGGGAGACACAGAAUCCAAAGCAGGUUCCAGGCUCUGAGCUGUCUGCACAGAGCCUGAUGCGGGGCUUGAACCCACGAAUCGUGAGAUCAUGACCUGAGCGGAAGUCGGAUGCCCAACUGACUGAGCCAUCCAGGUGCCUAUUGUUUUUAUUUUUAUUUAUAUAAUACAUUGUGUCAUGAAAAUAAGAAUAUAUAAUAAGAGUUUCUGAACUCUUCAUGGAUCAAGUAGGGAGAAAGAGAUAAACAUUUCAACCUUUGUUGCAAAGAUACGCUUUACCAAAUUGCUGUAAGUUCUAGAGAGCUUAAAAGAGAGGAGAAAAACGGGUCCUUUAAAUCUGUAAAACAGGGGCACCUGGGUGGCUCAGACAGUUGAGUGUCUGACUCUGAUUUCUGCUCAGGUUUUGAUCCCAGGGUCGUGGGAUUGAGUCCUGUAACAGGCACUGUGCUGAGCACGUAGUCUGCUUAAGAUUCUCUCCCUCUCUCUCUCUGCCCUUCCCCUGCUGAUGUGCACACUCACGAGUUCUCACUCUCUAAAAUAGGAAAGUAAAAUAAAUCUGGGAAACAAGCCAUUAAAGAACUGGCGAUGUUUUAAGUAAAAUCCUAAAAAGUUAUAACCAUCUUCAUCAGUUUAUUCUGUCUCCUGUAAUCGUUCUUGUGUUGCUUCAUUUCGGGUUAGCAGCUUUAUGAAUCGGUUUUCCAUCAGAGUUUUAGAAAUUCUUUCCCAGUUUGGUGUUCUGAUCUUCAGGUUAUCAAAAUCCUGCCGUUUAGAGUACUUUUCAGGGUCUUUUCCAUGAAUCUCUUUGAAGACUCAUACUUUUGUUUUUAGCUCAUUGUAUAUGCUCUCAGAGAAGAAUCAAGAGUAAAACAAUAACUGUAAGUAAAUGACAGAAGGAGUUAAAAAUGACCACGGUUAAAGAUCUGAUGAGAGUUCAGUAUAAUGCAGUUGUUUGGUUGUUUCUGUGACAUACAUCUUAACAUUAUGACUGAUAACAUUAUACCAGGACAUAUCAGAUUUUUAGGAAUUUCAUACAAAAACCCCCUACAGAAAGUUUAGCAUCACUUCUUAUUUAUUUCCUAUCAAAUUUAACAUGUUCAAAAAAUUACAUAGCUGCAAUAAAAUUUUUUUAGCUCUUUUAAUAGAGAAGACUCCGUUUUCCUAAGUAAUCAAAGAGCUGACAAAGACAGAACACAGAAUCUUGGCUUUCUAGCAGAUGACAUUAAAGGUAAAGAAAAACUUUGUGAGGCGUCUGGGUGGCUCAGUCUAAUGUUAAGCAUCCUAUUUGGCUCAGGUCAUGAUCUCACUGUUCAUGGGUUCGAGCCUUGCGCCAGGCUCUGUGCUGACAGCUCAGAGCCUGGAUCCUGCUUCAGAUUUUGUGUGUGCCUCUCUCUCUGAUCCUCCCCUGCUCAUGCUCUGUCUCCCUCUAUCUCUCAAUAAUAAAUAAAUGUUAAAAAAAUUUUUUAUUAAAAAAAACUUUGUUUAUUAUUUCUUAUUAAGAGAAGACCAAUAAUCUAAGAAAAUUUUGUCCUUUUAACAGAGAGAAAACCAAAUUCUAAUUUUACAGCAGGGUACCUUCAACAUUAAAACUCUCCUUUUUUUUUUUUUAACUUAAAUAAAGCCAUUCAAAUCUUAGACUUGACCGCACAUAAAAUUCCUUUCUCAAGAUUCCUUUUCCACAAACUUUCUACAACUUUCUAUCCAUUCUAUCCAUUUAUCCAUUCUAUCCAUUUCUAUCCAUUCAGCUCUUGUCCUCUUUUUCUUAUUGUAGAACAAUCAUUUCACUUUAGAACAAAAUUGCUUUCUUUUUUCCUUUGCCAAAAAAAAAGCAAGAACAAAAAACAAACCUCACGUCCUUCAGACCUAUCCUUAUAUAAAAAAAAAAAGUCUGCUUUCCUCACCUGCUUUUCAUACAUAAUUGUUUUCUUUCAUUUUUAUUGUUUCUAGUGAUCUUAUUUUUACAUAUUGAUUAUAAAUUUUAACUCUUAGUAAUGUUCACUUUCCAGAGAAACCUUAGAAGCAAGCAACUGUGCACUCUCAUAUAUUAGCAUCCUGUGGUAGAUUAGCAAUUUAUAAAUACAUUUCAUAAUUUCUAGAAGUGUGUUCUUUCUCAUAAUAACAUUUUCAGUGUGGCAUAAAACAUGUUUAUUAAUAAACUCAAAUAUCUUUUGCAUCUCUGUAAAAAAAAAUUAAACCAAAAGUAAAUAUACUAAUGUUUAUCAUUUACUGUUAAUCUUAUUUUUAUUUAUUUAUUUAUUUAUUUAUUUAUUUAUUUAUAGUUGAGAGAGAGAGUGAGCAUGGGAGUGGGGGAAAGAGGCAGAGAGAGAGAAAGAAUCUUAAGCAGACUCCAUACUCAGUACAGAGCCCAAUGUGGGGCUCGAUCCCACGACACUGGGAUCAUGACCUGAGCUGAAAUCAAGAGUCAGUUGCCAACCGACUGAGCCACCCAGCCUCCCCAUUGUUCAUCUUAUUUUUAAAUGACUUAGAUAUUCAAAAGAUAUAUAUUAUUUAGUUCAACUUAGUUUUUCUUCUUGCAUUUUUAAGUUACUUGCUUUUAAUAAUUAUGUUUGCAUUAGACAUUAAACAGCUAACCAUUAUCUUAAGAUAUUUUUCUUACUGACAAAUUUUGAAGACAUGCCUGCUUUAUGAAACCAAUAAAGUUAAACUACCUUUUAUUUACCAAAGAUUAUUCCAGAUCAUAUGAACUUGAAAAACAUUUGGGCUAGUUUCUGUAUUUCUGAGAAUAUACUAGAUUUAUAUAAACACUUAAUUUUCUUGAAGCCAAUUAGGUGGAGCUCUUUACAAAUAAAUUUUGGCAAUGUCAUCUAGAGGUUAAAAAAAUAUCAUAUCUAUAACACACAUAUACAGACAUACCUAAACAUACAGACAAAUGCAAACAGAGAUCUUAUAGCUUUUGUUUUAAAAGUUUUAGCCAUGUCCCAGGUAUAAAACUCCAAAGAAUAGUUGUAUUUAAAUUGUUUUCCAGCAGGUAGACUAAGUUAUGGUUACCUGCUCAGAUGGUCAAAAAAAAAAAAAAAUUUUUUUUUUUACUACUUUUAUUUGCAUGCUGUAAGGUUUUAUUUGGCUUUAUUUUAUUUUCACACUGUAAGGUUUUAGAGCUGUUUUUAGAGUCAUUUUGUCUUUUAGAAACCUCCAUACCAAUCAAAGACUGCAUUUCAUUGUCUCUGAGAGGUUUGGAAUUCUAUCUUUUAAGGAUGACCUUUAGAGUCGCCUGGGUGGCUUAGUCAGUCAAGUGUCAGACUUCAGCUCAGGUCAUGAUUUCACAGCUUGUGAGUUUGAGCCCUGCGUUGGGCUCUGUGCUGACAGCUCAGAGCCUGGAGCCUGCUUCGGAUUCUGUGUCUCCCUCUCUCUCUGCCCCUCCCCUGCUCACACUCUGUCUCUAAAAUGCAUAAACGUUUCAAAAAAAAGAAUGAUCUUUAUGGGGACUUACUUAAAGACUCCCCAGAAUAGCUACUAUGUACCCAAAAGUUCACCCAUUUUUCCAAAAAGGCACAAGAUCCUGGUCCAUCGACAGGUGGAAUCCAUCUCUGUCUUUAGAUACCCUACGAUGUUUUAAGUACGAGGAGCCCUGUUUUCCAACAGCUAUUACAAAACACAGGGAAUCACGUGUUUCCCCCAUUUCUGGACAGAAAAAGGUGACUUCCCAAGAAACUUCAACAAACGAAAUCAGAAAGCAAGCAUGCACAGUAAAGUCGGAGCCUCAGAAUGCAAAGAUAGUGGAGCUCAGAUCCAA